AUGGUUCAACACAAGAUUAAGCAAAAGACAACCCUACCGAAAGGCGUCAAGCAAAAGACCAAGAAGACCAAACCUGCUGGUCCUAAACGUGGGCAUAACCUCUACAUACCUCCUAAAAAGCAACAUCUCAUUCAGCAAGCAGCAAGUAUAGAAGGAGAGAAACCGACGGAAUUACUAGCACAUUUCUCGAGGCUUUCACCAAAGCAACGUCAGAUCAUGUUCGAUCAGGUCACCGCAGCGUCACGUAUUAACUGCAAGUCGUUUUUGGAGAAUCGGGCAAAACAUCGACUUGCAGUACCGAUACACGAUAAAAAGCGGGUCGUUCUAACCGUGGUACGUUUUGGACGAUUUCUGAAGCCGAAGGCUGCAUGA